AUUCCUUUUAAAAAAGAUACACGCACGAGAAGACAAAAAAAAAGGUCAUCCACCUUCCUCUCUUCCUUACCUAUGUCAACCAACUAAUAAUACGACAAAGAUCUUUGCUUUUUUUUUUUCUUCUGGUUCCUCAUUAGAACUUGAGAGCAUGCGAUAAAGAGUCUUGUCUGAAUCAUCCGAAGAGUCUCUGAAUCAUCAUCGGAACAAAAGGGACUCUGUUGACUGUGUCAUGGCUACUGAUACAACAGCCUCAAGUUACUGGUUGAAUUGGAGGGUCCUUUGCUGCGCACUAAUCCUCUUAGCUCCACUACUGUUAGCAGCAAUUCUCAUUUGGAGAUACGAAGGCAAAAGAAGAGAAGGACGAGAACACCCCGGGACAUUGUUCCAAGACGAAGCUUGGAGUACAUGUUUUAAAAGAGUCCACCCUCGUUGGUUGCUUGCCUUUAGAGUAUUCUCGUUUGCUGCAAUGCUGUCUCUUCUCGUUUCAAAUGUUGUUCGUGAUGGAGGUGGCAUAUUUUACUUCUACACUCAGUGGACUUUUACUCUUGUCACACUCUACUUUGGGUAUGCUUCGUUGUUAUCUAUUUACGGAUGCUGCAUCCACAAUAAAGAAGCUGGUGGUAACAUAGAGAGUUACACAAGCAUACAUGAUCCAGAACAAGGCACUUAUAGACCACCAAUCACCAGUGAUGGGGCGGGAACUACACCAAAAUCUCCCAUUGAACAUUCAGAAGCACCCGUCCGAGAAGCAGCAGGGUUUUGGGUUUAUGUCUUUCAGGUCCAGUUCCAAACUUGUGCUGGUGCUGUUGUGCUAACAGAUAUCGUGUUUUGGGCGUUAAUCUACCCCUUUACUAAUGGUUACAAGCUGAGUUUUCUUGAUGUUUGUAUGCAUUCUCUCAACGCUGUAUUUCUCCUCGGUGACACAUGUCUCAAUUCAUUAAGGUUCCCUCUGUUCCGGAUCUCUUACUUUGUACUUUGGAGCUGCAUUUACGUGGCGUACCAAUGGAUAAUCCAUGCCUUCAAAAACUUAUGGUGGCCAUAUCAAUUUCUUAGUCUUUCUUCACCCUACGCACCCUUAUGGUACUUGGGAGUGACAGUGAUGCAUAUACCGUGCUUUGCCGUCUUCGCUUUGGUCAUAAAGAUGAAGCGUUCCUUGCUACGGCGUCAAAACUCAUGAUAGUUUUGGGUUAAGUUUUCAUCGUCUUAUCUGUUCAUGAGAUGAUGAUAACACAUGAGGAGAUCACUGUCAGGGAGUCAUGGUCUAAGUCAAACACAAAAUCAGAAAAAAGUCAAACACAAAAAAUGGAUUAGAGGCUAGCUAAGGGAUCUCAGGUUUCCAAGUCCAAACCAUAAUUUAGGUCUUGUUUAGUUUACGAUCAAAAGAGAAAACAAAUGAUAAAUCUCUCUCUCUCUCUCUAUUCUUUUUGGUUAAGCAAUUGAUAUAUGUCUGCUUUGAUUUAUUUAUUUUUGGUAAAAAGAUGGCUGCUUUGUUGUUA